GUUAGCCAUGGCUUUCCCUUCAGUUGGGAAAUCGGGGCGAAGGCCAAACCCAGACUUUCGAGAUUGUUAGUUUUUUAGAAGGGAAAGUCGGGAGGAGGAGACUGUGUGGGAGAUGUGCUGCGCCCCGAAGUGUGGUCCUCCGGCCUGCUGGCCUCCGAUGUGCUGCUGCCCACGGCCGACGGCCUGUCGCCCGCCACUGGAGCCACUGCGUCCGGCGAAUGGCCACCAGUGCUGUCCGGCCUCCAAGUGCAAGCUGUGCAGCCAGAAGCACGGCGAGAAGGGCUGCCGCUGCACCUGUCCGCGCAACAAGCACAUUCUGGAGGCUCUGAGUUGCCUGUUCCGCGUGUCCAAGUUCCAGGUGCUGACCACCCUCUUCCAGCUGGCCUUCCACGAGAGCCAGCCGCUGCCGCGAUUCCCCCGAGAUCGGGAGUGGUCGGUGAUGGAGAACGUGAAGGCGCCGUACUCGGAGCUCCACGACCUGAAGAUCUACGACAGCCUGUACGAUCGCUGCGGCCAGCCGAUCGAUCCGCUGGACCGGAGCAACGCCUACAAGCUGUUGCGCCUGAUCUUCCUCGGACCGGUGCUCGUGCCGGAGCAGCGCAGCCAGCUGCUGGUGAUGCUCCGCCGGCUGAACGCACGCGCCGCCUGUCCCGUGGACCUCGACGGCCUGCUGAUCGCCCUGCAGGAGGUGCAGCUGGACGAGCUGGUGUGCGGCAUCCUGGAGCAGGAUGGUCGGGUCAAGCGCUUCCACAGUGCCCGCCGGUGCCAGGAGCUGUGCAGCCUGUACCACAAGGUGGCCGCCAUGGACAAGAAGGCGGUGGCGCCGGAGCGCCGCCGGCAGAAGGCCAAGCCGAAGGGCAAGGACGCGGAUGCGCAGAAGAAGCCGCAGCGCCGGACGAUCACCCAGCAGAUCUACUGCACGCGCCGCACGCCAGAGGUCGUGGAGGAGCCGAGCAACCGGGCGGAGGGCAGCACCCCGAUCAUCCGCAGCACCGGCAGCUCGCUCCGUCGCUCCGACAACAACAAGAAGGGCGUGGACGUGGUCCAGCGGAGCAGCGCCACUGCCUCGGAGAAGGGAUCCAGUCGGGGAUCGCGCAACUCCCAAGGAUCGCCGAAGAGGGGCAAGCCGGAGGCGGCGCCCAGCCUCGGAGUGCGGAUGCAGGGCGGCGACCGCGUGAAGAACCCCCGGAGCAGCCAGUAGCACCCGCAGUCCAUCCAUCCGCCCAUUUCGAGUCCCCACAAUCCCUGUCUUCCAUAUCGUUCAAAAACAGAGCCAUCUAAAUUCUAUUUAGUGCGAGUA